AUGAAUAAAAGAAUGGAGGAGUGGUAUUAUUAUGAAGAAAUUGAAUUAGGACAAUCACCAUCAAAUAGAAUGAUAAGUAUAAUUACAGAAAAACAAUAUGAUUACAAACUAUUAGAAUUUUCACUUAUUUAUAAUAUUUUAGAAACAUUUAAACAUAAUUAUAAAUAUAAUGAAAAUAAACAUAGAGAAUUUAUAAAAGAUGUAUUAUAUGAAAGAGUGAAUAUAUAUCAAUAUGUUAUAAGAGAUGAAAUAAUAGAAGAAAAUGAAGAAGAAACAAAAAAGAUAAUAAAGAAAUAUCAAAUAAAAUGGAAUCAAAAUAAUAAAAGAAUAGUUAAAAUAGAUAAUAAAUAUGAUAAAGAAAUUAAUAUAAAACAGGUACAUUGA